AUGGCCGCGAACGCUUUUGGACGACAAGCUUGGCGUCAAUUUAUGCGCAACAGCUGCCGCGGCCCUGCCGUGACAACACCCCCGAGGCUGCUGCAACAGCAACAACUCCAAUUCUCGCUUCGUCGCCAGGCGUCUUCUUCGUCCUCAGCACCUGUUCGCGCGGGUCGCCCUGUUAGCCACUAUCCCUCUUCCCUCCUCCGUCGGCAACCAACCGCGCAACGAUCGUACAGCUCCGGUUCUCAAGGCGGGCAGAACAUCCCACCACCACCGCCGCCUCCUCCUCCCCGCAGGAGCAACAACAACCAGAUCAAGUUCUGGCCGUUCCUGGUUGUCAUUGCGUUGGGCAGCGGGGGCUACAUCUUGUUGGUUAAUCAACGGAUAGAAAUGCCUCCUCCCACAAAGUCCACCACCCCAGCCUUCUCCGCCUCAGACGUGACCGUCAUUUUCGUCCUGGGCGGUCCCGGCGCCGGCAAAGGCACACAGUGCGCGCGGCUGGUCAAGGACUACGGCUUCACGCACCUGUCGGCGGGCGACCUGCUGCGGGCCGAGCAGGACCGGCCCGGGUCGCAGUACGGGCAGCUGAUACGCGACUGCAUCAAGAACGGCGAGAUUGUGCCCAUGGAGGUUACCGUGGCGCUGCUUGAGAACGCCAUGCGGGAUACCAUUUCCUCCAAAAAGUCGUCCAACAACAACCCGGGCAGCAAUAACAAUUAUAAAUUCCUGAUCGACGGCUUCCCGCGCAAGAUGGACCAGGCGCUGAAAUUUGAGGAGGUGGUGUGCCCGGCCAAGCUGGUGCUGUUUUACGACUGCCCCGAGGAGGAAAUGGAGCGCCGCCUGCUGGAGCGCGGCAAGACGAGCGGGCGCGCCGAUGACAAUGCCGAGUCGAUCCGCAAGCGCUUCCGCACGUUUGUUGAGACCAGCAUGCCGGUUGUUAACCACUACGAGGCUGAGAAGCGCGUCGUGAAAGUCGACGCGACCCCGUCGCCUGAUCGGGUUUAUGCCGAUACCCAGGCCAAGCUUAAAAAGGCACUUGGGGAUAAGCUUUAG